GGUCCUACAUAUUUACCGGACAAUCAGUUUACCGGACAAAAUUUAUUCGUAUCAAAUAAGCGCUUUAUUUUAUUAUCGAUUCUAAAAUCAUCCGGUCUGGAUCACACAGAUGCUUUCCGUUUCCAAGUGAAUCACAACAAAACCGCUGUCAGGUAAAUAAUAUUGAUUCAAUUCUAUAUUAACUUACAUGCCACUUUGUUUACUAUGUUAUUUCAUGACCUUGUCACGUGGGGGAAUGAUAAUAUUAUGCGCAUGCGCAAAUAUUGAGGCCCGUAUUGUGUUAUUUUACAUAGGUCAUUGCAUUAUCGUAGCAGACGAUAUAGUCAUAAUGAACAUUUUGACAAAAAUAGUUGUAUUCAAACGAAGUAUAUUUUGAUUUAGUCAGUACAAUUUUUCUUCUUUUUUUUUUAAACAAAGAAAUGCAUAUUGAAAACUAGAUCUAUAUCAUGAAAAAGGGGUACGCCCGAUUUUUCAAACCAAGGGAGGAAACUCUUCAUGUAACAGUCACACAAAUAAAAAUGAGUUGUCUCCCUUUUUCAGGCUUAAUGAUGACCAAAAGAAAGCAGUAUGACGGUGAACAGAUGCAAAGGGCUAUAUCAGCUGUUAAACAGAAAAAAAUGAAGAUAAGAUUAGCCGCUAAAGAAUUUCAAGUUCCAAAGUCCACUCUGUCGGACAAGUUGAAGGGCAGGUACAAGGGUAUGAAACCUGGCCCAAGGACGGAGCUGACUGAUGAGGAGGAGAAAGCGCUUGUCCAUUUUCUUCUCUAUAUGGCCAAUCAAGGAUUUCCCUUGACAAGAUCAAUGACAAGAUGUUUUAUCAUUGACAUCAUUAAACAGUCUGGUCGCACAACAUCUUUCAACAUGGAAAAGGGUCCAUCUGAUGGCUGGUUCCAACGUUUUAUGUCGAGACACCCGGAUCUUUCUUCAAGGAAGCCGGAAAAUUUGGACAAAGGCCGCAUGUCCAUGUCAAAUUAUAAAGUAGUUGGAGACUACUUCGAAUUUCUGGACGGAAUAUUGGGGAAAUAUGGCAUUAAAAACAAGCCUAGCCAGAUCUUCAAUUGUGACGAAACCGGGUUCACCGGAAAAGAAAUGCCGAGAGCAAAAGUAUUCGGUCCAAAGGGAAAACAUGUGUUUCGUCAGAAGAUAUCGUCCAGUGACCACAUCACCGCACACCUGUGUGUGUCUGCAAAUGGCAGAUUUCUUCCUUCAAUGAUAAUCUUCCAGGGAUCUUUGCCACACAGAAAGUACAGUGAUGGUGUUCCAGACACAUGGUUUUUCAGCCACAGUGAUAGUGGUUAUAUGGACAGAGAGCUGUUCCAGAAAUGGUUCAGCAAUGUUUUCAUACCCCAUUGCGGAAAAGAGAGGCCGGUUCUCCUCAUCAUGGACAACCACGAUGCACACAUAAGCAUCCCGCUAAUUGAGGAAGCCAUUGCAAAUGGUGUGGUUCUUGUGGGACUUCCAGGACAUACCACUCAUAUACUGCAGCCACUUGAUGUCAAGAUUAUAGGACCAUUAAAGGAAAGAUAUGCGGCUGUCGCUGCCAGUUUGGGACAAACCGGUUCGUCAAUGGUAAUUGGAAAAGCAAGGUUCCCAUUGGUACUUAAGCAUGCAUUAGACAAGGCUACACCUGCAUCUAUUUCGGAUGCCUUUGCAGUGACCGGCAUAUGCCCUUUCAAUCCUGAUGCUGUUGACAAGUCACAGUUGAUUGCAGCGUCAUUUGAAAAAGACAAGCAACGUACUACGGACAGUGACAAGGAUGUUGUAACGACGUGUACCACGUGCGGCUCUUACGCGAGAAACCCCCUUGUUGUUCAUGGUUUAAUUCCCCAGGAGUUGUCUGAUAUAUUAAUGCCGCCACCAGUUAAACCACAGCCACAGAAGAAAAGUAGGCGGCUAGUAACAGAAGCAAGACUGAUAAGUGGUGCAGAUAUGCUUCAACAACUUAAGGUAAAGUUCAAGAAUUGUAAAUUCAAUUUACAUCAAUAUAAUUACUUUCAAAAAACAAUGAAUUUGUUAACGCAAAACUAUUCAUUCUUAUCAAGCGUUUCUUUUGCGCAACGUCUCGAUGUACUCUUGUACAUUGCAGGAAAAAAGAAAGAGGAAAUUAAGAAACGCGAGGGUAUCGAAAGAAGGAAAAUAGAAUUGAAAGAAAAGAGAGAACUCAAAACUAAAAUGGAGCAGGAAAAGAAGGCUAAAAGAGAGCAAGAGAAAGAAGAACGAGUGAAGAGAAGAGAACAGCAAGAAGAAGAGAAGAGGCAGAGAAAGAUUACCAGGGAAGAACAAAAACAAAAAAGGAAUAAAGAAAGAGAAGAAAAACGAAAGCAAAAGCAAAAGUCGACGGUUAAUGUAGCAGAGCAUCUUGCUGCUAGCUUCUAUGUCUGUGAUGUAUGUGGAAUAAGCGGUGAAGCUGAUGAUGAAGAGCGGGGAAUCGCGUGGUAUGGCUGCGACGAAGACUGUUGUCAACGCUGGUACCAUGAUGACUGUUUAAGUCUUGCUGAGUUGGAAUGGGUGCUUGAAAGUCUGGGAGAUAGUUCCAGCUGGUAUUGCAGACUUUGCAAGCCAUGGCUCUACCAAGAAGAGUAAAUCUGUGCUUACUGUGACAAUUGUGUAACUGUUAUUUUAUGGUUUUUUUGUGUUUUGAUAAAAAAGCAAACGCAAAGUGAAAAAAAAAUUACUGAAUAUCAAAUACGAUAAAUGAUUUAUAAAGAAUUAAUACGUUUAUUGUGUUAUUAUUUAAUAGCCCAUACACCCCAUGUACGGGCCUCACCAUGGUUCGUGUCUAUUUUUAGUGACAACUUGGGGUUUUCCGAUAUUUUAAACUUGCCUUUUAUUAGUAGAAGUUCCCUUGGUGAGUAUUUUUGUGAUUUAUUUUGAUUCACGACUAUAAAAUGUUAUUAAACUAAAUGUCCGGUAAAUUGAGUUGUAUGUACGUUUUUUUGGCUUUUAUAAUGCCCCACUUUAAAGACGCUUUUAAUGGUCAGAAUCAUAAAUCUUAAGCAUGAAAAUAUAUCGAGAACAUAAAUUGAGAACCAAAAAUUAGUUGGGUAAAAUUUCAUGAUUUUUUAUUGUUUUGAAUAAAAG